CCUUGUGUCUUGUAAAAUGUUAAGAUCGUAUUUUUCCGUGUUUUCCAACCUCACUCGAACAAGUUUUUUGCAUACCUUGAAAUGUAUGCAUUGCAUACUCGACUGCAAUUGUUUGUCAGGGAAAUGCAAAUCAUGUGAAUUGACGUAUUACAUAGGGGUAAUGUUCAUUUUCCCACCGGAUGGCUUUUUAUUGCAUUUGAGGACAAUUGCAGACAUGCGUUAAGCGUAAUUCCCUUUGCUGGCAAAUGUUUGUAUGUGUUUGGCACGGGGACUACAUAUGUGUUCGAAUCUGUGUGCAUGCUUUUUCGAAUUACAUUCGUGCAAUCCACUGGCCGUGGCACGUAAAAAUAAUUUGAUCGUCACUUUACAGUUUGAAAAAUGCAACAAGAAGCAGAUCCAAGUGAUGGGACUGAGAGCGGGGUCGUCUUCGACGUGAAUGCACCAGAGCUGCAGCCGCUGGACCUGGACCACAUUCUCAAGAAUGCGUCAAUUGCCGCUCCGGUUUGUGCAAUUACCGAGGUGGAGUGCGAACAAGAAUCAGAAUCCGGAAGUGAGGAUGUCGCAGACAUGCAAUUCUAUUUCUAUUAAACCUUUCAUCUUUAUCAUGUAAUACGCUUUCCUUGCAGAUGACAGCGGAACGCCGUCUGAUUCUUCAACCUCCAACCGGACUGAGAGUGAAGAAGAAGAGGAACCACCUCACGAACCACCUUCCAAGCGGCGAAAGUUUUCAGAAAGCGAAUCGGAGGCGGAUGACGAAGACCUGGCUGAAAGAGUGGCUGCACUGAAAAAGGAGAGAGCAACAUUGGUAGUGGCCAAGAUUGAACUGAAGCAGCAGGUCAAUUUCCUAGAAGAGAAGAGGGCACGCCUCAUGGAGGAAAAUCAGUCAUUGAGGGAGGAAGCCCAGGUUCAAGAACGGAAGGUGGAACUGCUGAAGAAAGCAAGGAGAGAUUUCAAAAACCAAAACCUUGAUAGUGUGCGCUCGCUGCAAAAAGCCGUUGUUGAACCUGGAACCAGGCGUUAUGCGGCGGCAGUGUACUUGGACAGCAAGGAUAAUAUUGAACAACAGAUUUCCAAAGAUGGGUGGCGAGCCGUCCUCUUGAACGACCCCGAUCUCCCUCAAAAGAUGAAAUCUGGCGCAAGAUCCAGUGACAAUCUCAUUGCCAUUGCGGACGGUGAGCUCAACGAGUGCUACGAGGAAAGUAAAGGCUCCUUCAUCUCCUGCUUGAGGCACGUCGCAAUCUCCAUUUUCCGCGUGGAACGCCUACUGUACUUCAGUUACGGCGGUACGAAGAGGACCGGACGGCGGGAGGCCACUUUGUCCCUCCCACAGCCCCUGAAGGAGGCCUUCUUUGACAUUGCCACACAAAUUGCCAGGAUGGAACGGUACACGUGGUUCGAGAGGUCGAAAGGAGCCAGCUCAUCAGUUUCAGAUGUGAAACGUAGCGCAAAACGUGCCCUGGCUGACCUCAUUACGGAGCGACGCCCAAAAUCCAAGACAGAUAAAGACGGAAGGAGCUCCACAGAAUCGAUUGAUUCAGAAGAUGAUUAAUUCAGCCGCCCAAAUUCGGAUUGGCAAUUAUUUUCGUUUACUUAAAUUUGAUACUUUGAACUAAUCAUUAAUCUUAAUUUAAAUAAAAUGGUAAGUACCCUUCAUCUCUCAUAUUUUUUCUGCGUUUCAUUACCUCCGAUGAAAAGUGAACCAUUACAUUAUCACAAGAUUAUGGCACCCUUCACUGAUUAAAAUUUAUUUAACACAACUUAAAGUUCCAUACAGGCAGAAUUUCAUAGUGGAUUCGUUGAUAUCUUCACUCCGGUUUAAUUUUAGAUUCCACAUCGCAAGGUGAAGCGCAAGCAGUACUUCAUAAAGCCUCCCAGCCCAGCCCCCACGCUAUUCAUGCUAACUCCUUUCUGAAGCCUCCUUGCGAAAUCGUCACUACCGCAGCUAGCUAGGCUUUGGCGGCAAUACUGCACUUCCACUGCACCAGAGAGCCGCUGGAGACCAUAAAAACCUGUAAUUGUUCCCCAAUCUCCAGUUCAUUUUCCAGUGUCACGUUUGAAAUCGGAAUGUAAGAACGCAUUAAUGUUAAUUUUUUUGGGGGGGAAUUAUGCCCACCACAUUUUCCAUAUUAUUUGAUUCCAUCGCCACCGAUUGAUAAUCGAAUGUGUUUCUUUCAAGAUUGCAUGAUAUCGCAUGUAAAUCAAUGUAGCCAAAUGCAGGAAAUUCAGUGGACACUCUAAAUUAUAAUACGGAUGGCAUUUUUAUUUCCGUUUUGACACUCGUACAUUAAAUUUGAAUGCGAUAAUCACGGAGCCCAUGUAUGUAUGUAUGUAUGUAUUUAUGUGUUUGUAUGAAUGUGUUUAUGCAUUUUUCACGUGCAAUUAAGUAAUAACAUGCAUUACUGUGCAUAUGAAAGUACAUAAGUACAUACAUUAUGCAUUUUUUUGGCAAUUUCGCAUUCAAAUUUAUGUGAAAAUGUGUGCAUGUAAGGAUGUGAACAUGCAUGCAAUUUUGCAUGAAAAAAUGGUGAACUGGAUAUUUACAUAAUAUUGAUAUUUUCCAAGCCAGUUAUAAUUGUUUGUGCAUUAAUUUUCAGUCAAAAAUGGA